AUGCAGCGUGCCGCGGAUGCAGGUGACCAGCCAGCCGUGCUCAAACACGCCGCCGAGGUGCUGCGCGAGCUACGCACGAGUCUGCUGUCCCCAAAAAACUACUACCAGCUCUAUAUGCAGGUGAUGGACGAGCUGCGGCACUUCGAGAGCUACGUAGAGGAGCAGCAGCAGGCUGGUGCCUCCAUGCAAGUGCUCUAUGAGCGCGUCCAGAGCAGCGGCAACGUGCUGCCAAGACUGUAUUUAUUGGUGACGGUGGGUUCAGUGUACAUUAAGUCACAAGAAGCUCCAGCUCGGGACGUGCUGACAGACUUAGUGGAAAUGACAAAAGGAGUGCAAUAUCCACUACGAGGGCUCUUUUUGAGGCACUAUUUGUCGCUCAGUGUCCGUGAUAAGCUCCCGGAUACGGGCUCCGUGUACGAGCAAUCCGGUGGAGGC